GUGUCACUUAGCAACAGAAAUGUUGGGCUCAAUUGUAGUCAUAAGUCAAGGAUUACCUGUAUGAGCUGAAAGGUGCCAAAAAUAGUGUCAAAAUUAUUGUAAAUUAAAUGUAGCAUUUUAGGGAGGGCAUUUCAGAAACAGACAGUCCUGUUUUGAAAAGAAUUUAAAAAUAAAAGUGUACUGAUUUAAUACUGAUUAUUGAAACAAGUCUUUGGGGAUAUCUUGUUCACAUGCUUUUAGAAUAGUUCCUUUCCCUAAGAAGUAUGAUAACAAAUGCUUUUUUAGGUUCUUAAAAAGCCAUUUAUUUAAAGACUUAUCUACCAGUUUUCAUUACUGAUCCCAGGAGAAUUCAUCACAGACCAAUGAAACGAUUCCUGGAAUAAGUAAAAGACCAAACCCUCAGCAAUACUUUGAAAUAUUUUGUAUUCUGAUUGCAAAACCACCAAAGUAUGUUUAAAUAAUGUCAUAUAAAAAAGAAUGGAAUUGGCUAUGGCCCAAAUUCUUUCAUUUGUGACUAAGAAUGUAGUUUCAGAAAUGUACAUUGCACCAUGCCCUGGAAGAAGUAUGAGUCAGUCAGUCUCCCCCUCCCUCCCUCCUUCUUUCUCUCCCUUCCUCCCUCCCUUUAUCUCUCUUACAGGAGUCAAUUGGAUGAGAUUCUACGUAAAAUUAUUGUAUUUUGAAAUAUAAAUGUUAAUAUUUUAAAAACAAUUUCAAGUCUGUACAUUGAACUGAUUUGUAGCUUAUUUCAUAAUUGAUUGUUGAAUUAAGGACUAUUCUAGAUCAUUGUGUUAUACUGCUACCUACCAGUCUCUUACAUUUUCAGGCAAAUAUGCUAAUGUAAAUACUGUGGCCCUCCUAUUUUGCCAUAAUAGUGUUCUUAAAUACUUGUCACGUACCAAACUGAGAAGCAGGAGAACUGAAUUUGCUUGGCUUCAUUUUCCCUUCUAUUUCCGAGUAGAUAAAAAACCAGCAACUACUAUCCGCAGUUUGGGAUAUGGUUGGGUGAACGGAGAUGAGUCCUUAAAACAACAAGUUUAUCCAUCUGUCAAAUUGUCUGACUAACACAUUGCAAGGGCAAAGGGGUACAUGAGGUGGAGUGGGGGGGAAUGCUCCCACUGUUCCUACUCAUUGCAGCCCCUCAUCUGUUCCUCUCAGCCCAGCUAUUACUGAAGAGUGCUAAACUCAUGUCAAAACAAUCCACCUGACAGAUUACAGGUGGAGAAGAUGGAUAUGGAGUCAAAUGGAUGGUAACAAUAACAACCAUGCUCUGUUGUUGACUAAUGUAGUAAGAUUGUGAAUUAUCAGACAGUUAAGUUCUGCCUAGUCACCAGUGCCAAAUUUGAAUUAGAAUGGGCAAGAUAGUGUCACCUUCUCCACAGAAGCUCAUUGUUGGUAGAAGCGGCAAAACUAUGGUUGCAGCAACAGUUGGAAAAAGAAGCUCUUUUUCAUGCUUUAAAUCAACUUUCUCUGCAGUUUAAAAAUGAAGGGCUGCUUAGAAAACAAGUCUAACACUCUUUCCAAAAGGUACUAAACCCAUGUUUGUAAAGAACCCAUUGAAAGCAUGUCAGGCGUUUAGCAGGCAGAUAUCUCUACAGGGGCAGGUGCCUAAUCUUUCCCGUAGACCAAGCCAAUAUGAGCACAGAAAGCAGCUCCCAGCAAUGGGAAUGGAUGAAACAUGUGUGCAGCAGCAUAAAGUAGCCACAGAGAGUUAAGUUAACCCUUGAAUUACAUCAUUAGUGUAAUGCAGUAUUUCUUGGUAUUUCCUUGGCAUGCUGGCUGGGGAAUUUUUGGAAUUGAAGUUCGCACUUAAAAGUUGCCAAGGUUGAUAAACAGUCAAGUCUACCAGAUUGUAUUCAUACCUAAAAUUCUAUUUUAAAAGGGAAAAUGCUUCUUUUUUGCAAAUUGGAGCCACAGAUGAAAAUAUUAAGUUCCCCACUAUAGCAUGGGCUUAGGGUAGCUGAGGAACCAUCUCACUCCAAUGGCACUAGCCUGCCCCAUUUUCUUUUCCAGUGGAAAGGGCCUAUUUUGGAUCCCAUCUGCCAAAGAAUUUUGACUGGCAGGGUCCAUGAGAAGAGCAUUUUCUGCUGUGGCCCCCGCUCUGUGGAAUAUUCUCUUGUUGGAAGUGAGGUCGUCCCACAUAUUCCUGACCUUCUGGAAGAGCCUGAAAACUUUUUUCUGCUGCUUGGCUUUGACCCUAACAAAGGGCUGCUAUGUUGGGGGUGGCUCACCAUGUAAAAAAGAUCUCCAUCCCCAAACUGUCCAUCACCUUUGUUUUUAGAUUUUCUAUUUAAUUCCUCUAAUUUAAGUUUCUUGCAGGACUUUGUAAUAUUAAAAACCAUCAAGAGUUGCUGCACCAUAUGAUGUAGAAUAAAAAUUUAAUAAAAAAAGAAAAAGAUAGGCUACCAAUGUGUCAUGGAUGUUGGAUAAUGUCAUGAAGAAAUGAAGAAAAAGAUGGUCACCAAGCAUAUUAAUGCUAUAUUUCGGGAUGGGAGAAAGAGCCCUUAAUCACAAACAAACCGCAUCAUGACAGUGUAAAAUUGAACUCAGCCUAAAAUUAAGAUUGAGGGGGAUGACCUUGUGUAGCACAAAGCACAUUCAUAAUUACUUUGUUAAUUUUGCAGCAUUUUGGUUACCAGUUGAAUGCUAUGCUGUCUGGUAAUAUCUGGUUGCUCCAUUCCCUGCAGUAAUACAGGCGUACAGUACUGUACAGUUGAAAGGUGAUUUAAGUGGAAUGUGCACAGGAAAGGCCUCAGGCAAUUUUUAUAAAUUGGAAGCAAGUUCAAAUCCCUUCUUCCAAACAUUUAGGUAAAGGGCUUGUAAGAACAUCUAUGAUAGACAUUUUUAAGAUGUGUUUAAAUCCAUCUAAAGCAAGCAGCAGUCUCCAGCAAAUGAUGCCUCUCUCCUUUUGCCAAGACAACUCUUGAUGACAGACGUCUGGCUCCAUAAGAAAUAGUUUGCAUGCUAAAGCCCUCAUGGAGUGGUUAUUCAUCUAAAAACACACGGUACCGUUCCCUCUCUGAAUCGUCACGUUCAAGUCAGGCUUGGCGGAAUCGGCCGGUAGGGGUCACUGCUGUCCUUGCACAGUUAACGCCUCCUCCGCCGGUGCUGCUAAGGCAGGGAAGGUGAAAGGUUGGCGGGAGCAAAAAGGCGGAGGGAGACAAAAACGCCGGUUGGACAGCCCAGCUACAAGCCGGCAUCGCGGAGGUGCCGGAGGAGGAGGCACGCCGGGAGCUUGAGCGGAGGCGUUGCUCGCCUUGAAGGUAGCGUGCGCGGGAGCCGCGGCUGCCUCUGGGCUGGGCAAGGAAAGCGUUCGCCGGUCCUCCCCGGCACCAUCCCGGGCCAUGUUGGCAAAGGUGGACCGGGAACCCGAGCCUCACCCGAGGAGAAAGACGAGGAAGCGAAGGUCGGGCAAGGAAGCAGCGUUGACACCUCGCACGCUCAGCUUCUCCAGCUGGGAAGGAAACUAAGCGGCUGGACCCACCCCGGGGCAGGUGGCGUUUGUUAACUGCUGCGCCCGGGGCUCGCUCCGCUUUUCGCGGGGAACUUUGCCGGUGGAGUUGGGCGGUAAGAAGAAUCCUGAAUUCUUCGCGGUUUCCCUCCGACGGGAAAAGCUUACUCGCGGGGAAUGGAGAAGGCCGGGAGAAAACGGCAAUAGGAGCCGUACGGUGUGUCUCUGCCGCCGCCGCCGCCCCCUAUUUCAGCGCCGCGGAGAGAAGGGCGUGUGUGUAUGUGUGUCCGAGGUACACGGGCUUGCGCCUGACUUGGAAAGCGCAAGCUGGUUUGUGCUUUAAGCCCGCAAGAGUGAACGGUCCGUACCUGCCAGCCCGCCUCUUUACGCCCUAGCAGGAGCAGCGGCUUCUUGGUUUGGCUUUUCAGCUCGUCCAGGUAAGCCCCCGUAUCCCCUUAUUUCGGGUAGGAAAAGGCCGGGGGUGGGGGUGAGGGUGCCCGCUGAAGGCGGGGCGGUUUCCCUUCUGCCCGGAUCCUUUCUUUUCUCUCGUCAUACAAAAGAGCAAUCCCCGAAGGAGGAGAGGAAGGGGGAGGGGAAACGUGGGUAAUUAUUAAUCCCGGGGACGCGACUUGGAGGAGCUUUCGCUGGAGCGCCCGGCGUUAUGCAGCCGAGAAGGAACUGGAGCUUUUUCCCUGGUCCGGGUGCUUUUCUUAAGUUCUUUUGCGCUUGAAAGGGCUCGGCCCCUAGUAGGCCUUGAAGGAUGACCUGCUUCUCUUGCGGUUGCCUCAUAUUGGUAUCCAGAGCAAGCUCGCUAACUACUCACUCAUCCACAGCACCCGUCUGCUUCAGAGGCCAAGGGAAUCUCCUAGCUGCAUUGUGAACAAAGAAGCCUAUAAGGGCUGAGGAGUGUGUGAAACUUUAUCAUGGAUUUGCCUCUGACAACUUUCUUCUUUCGAAUUCACUCUUGCAGCUUGACAAUGAAUGUAUAGAUAUUCCCCCCCCCCCCUUACAAGGUGGUUAGAAGGAUUUGGGCUCUUUUCCCUCUUUUUUCUUUUUGCAGGAUGCCUGAUGAAGACUUAACCUUUGGUGUAAGGCACCCUCUUUAGUAAGCUGGUUGAAGACAAAGACUAGUCCACUUUCCUUCUCCACCUUUGAUCCUUUGAGUGAAAUUAAAAAAAAUUGCCUGAUCAGAACAGAGUUAUUUGGUUUCCCCCCUGCUGUGCUCGAAGUUACAUUCAUCUCUUUUUAUCAUUUGCAAUCUGACAUCCAAGACACUGGAGCAGCCAUGGGCUGCUUCUGUGCAGUGCCUGAGGAAUUUUAUUGUGAAGUUCUGCUUCUGGAUGAAUCCAAAUUAACCUUAACCACCCAGCACCAAGGGAUAAAGAAAUCAACGAAAGGGUCGGUUGUCCUGGGCUACGUAUUCCGGCAUUUAAACCUCAUUGAGAUAGAUUAUUUUGGACUGCGGUACUGUGACAGAAGUCACCAGACGUUCUGGCUGGAUCCUACAAAGACACUUGCAGAGCAUAAGGAACUCAUAAAUACUGGUCCACCUUAUACAUUGUAUUUUGGUGUUAAAUACUAUGCAGAAGAUCCAUGCAGACUAAAAGAAGAAAUCACCAGGUAUCAGUUCUUUUUGCAGGUAAAGCAAGAUGUCUUACAGGGGCGUUUGCCUUGUCCUGUCAACAUUGCUGCUCAGUUGGGAGCUUAUGCAAUACAGGCUGAACUUGGAGACUAUGAUCCAUGCAAGAACACUGCAGGUUAUGUUUCAGAGUACCGUUUUGUUCCUGACCAAAAAGAAGAAUUAGAAGAUGCCAUAGAACAAAUACACAAGACUCUGACGGGCCAAGUUCCAGCUGAGGCAGAACUGAAUUACUUAGGAGUAGCAAAGACACUUGAAAUGUAUGGAGUGGAUCUUUAUCCUGUCUAUGGUGAAAACAAAUCUGAAUAUUUUCUGGGACUGAAGCCUGUAGGAGUAGUUGUUUAUAAGAAUAAAAAGCAAGUAGGAAAGUAUUUUUGGCCUAGAAUUACCAGGGUCCACUUCAAAGAAGCUCACUUUGAACUUAGAGUUUUAGGAAAAGAUUGUAAUGAAACUUCGUUCUUUUUUGAAGCACACAACAAAACUGCAUGCAAGCAUUUAUGGAAAUGCUGCGUAGAACAGCACACCUUCUUCAGAAUGCCAGAAACUGAAUCUAAUUCUCUAUCAAGAAAACUUGGCAAACUUGGAUCUCUUGGUUAUAAACAUCGAUACAGUGGGAAGACAGCUUUGCAGAUGUAUAAAGAUAUUUCUAUCCAGCUUCCUCGACCCAACCAAACAGUUGAAAGAAGUCGUAGUAAGACAUAUCCAAAAAGAACAUCAAAAGUGAAACAAUUUGAGACACAUUGCACAAGCCAGGUUAUUACAUACAAAGAAUCUGGGGAAAAUGAAGGAAGAGCCAAAAUCAUUGCUCCAUCACCAAUUAAAAGUUUUAAAAAGUCAAGAAAUGAAAAUAGCCCAGAAACCCAAAGAAGUAAAACCAGUGCACCAUGGGAAGAAAACUGUCCUCAAAGUGGGCUUUAUAAUUCUCCCAGCGACCGAACUAGAUCACCAAAGUUUCCUCAUUCACGACGGCAUCCUUCAGGCGGAAGUGAAAAUGAGCCUGUGCAGCCUUUCAGAAGAAGAUCAAGAUCCCGUUGCAAUACCAGCAGUGGUAGUGAAUCAGAAAAUUCUAAUAGAGAACAUAGGAAGAAGAGACACAGGUUACGACAAGAGAAUGACAUGGUUGAUUCAGCUCCUCAGUGGGAAGCAGUGCUGAGGCGACAAAAGGAAAAAAACCAAACUGAACCCACCCAUCGACGUUCCAAGCACAGAUCACGAUCGAGAAGCCCAGAUGUUCAAGCAAAGGAAGAAUUAUGGAAACACAUUCAAAAAGACCUCAUAGAUCCAUCUGGCCUAUCUGAGGAACAACUAAGAGAGAUUCCAUAUACUAAAAUAGAGACUCAAGGUGAUCCUGUUCGCAUUAGACACUCACAUUCUCCUCGAAGCUAUCGCCAUUAUCGCCGAUCCCAGUGCUCUGAUGGGGAGAGAUCUGUUCUGUCAGAAGUGAAUGCCAAAGCAGACCUUGUGCCUCCACUCCCUGUUACCCGCUCCUCGGAUGCUCAUUGUCUCACUGCAAUAUCUCAGCAGCGGCGAAAUGGAUCUAAGGACAGCCUGUUAGAAGAAAAAAUACAAACAUCUAUGAACAAUGUGGAUGGAAAACACAGUGCUAAAACUAUAAAAAUUGUUCCAGCAUCAAGGCUCAAGAUAGAGACCUGAUUUUUAUCACAUACAAGACUGGAAGGAUGCAAAUCCAAAAAUCCAAAUAAACACUUUUAGUUGAGGAUCUUUUUUUAAAAAAAAUUAAGAGACUAUAAAAUAAUUUUAAGAACAUUCUGGAUUGCUGUGGAGAAGCUGCUGUUUGAGUUUCAGUAAAAAAGAGGACUGCUACCGCCAUGAGAGUAAAACUAAAAUGCAAGUUAUCUAGAUUGUAUUGGAUGCACAGCAUAAAUACAUGGUUUCAAAAUGGAAGCAUCAGUAAAAAAAAUUCAAGGAACAAUGCAUUUUCAAAGGUGCAAUAGUAGAUGUUCUUUAUUAUAAGGGCUGUAAUUCAUAUGCCUAUACUUGCCUAGCAAAUAUACUACUACUUUAUUAUUCAAAACAGUGUUGAAUCUUUUGCUACCUAAUAGAGCAUUCUUAAUACAAGGAAUUAAUCAAGAAUAUUAUUCAGUUAUGCAAACCCAGGUGCCCUUUUAAUCAAAAUCGAUUCUCAGUAAAAUAAUGUUUUAAAAUACAAUUCAGAAUAUUGCCAAAGUUUAUCUAUCAGUAUAGUUACUUGGUUCUCUAAGCACUGAAUAGUAGUAAUCAAUACAGAAAACAUGAUUUUGUUUGAAAUCUAUGGCAGUUUUAAAAAUCUUCAAGGUUUGUUGCAGUCUUCUAAACAAGUUGCUAUCAUAUUUGAGUGAAAUGUUAAGCCAGUCUCCUUUUUGUUGAUAUUUGCAAAACUUUUCAACAACAGACCUGAUAUGAAGUUAUUGAAGAAAAGGGAGUGAAAUUUUGUUGUUUACUCAUUUGGAGGGGUAUGGGAGGUGAUAGACAUGUAAUGUCUGCAAUUAAUUUGAUUUCCUACUGAGAAUCAGUACCUUGCUGUAUUUUGGUAGUAGUUUUGUAGCACUUGGAAAUAGGAAAAAGACUUGGAAAACUGUGGAUACUUCAUUCCUUGCAAUGAUUCUGUUAAUUCACAAGACCACUUUCAGCAAAAAUGAAUACGGUUAUUACCUGAAGGGACUGAAAGAAAUAGUAGAUUAUACAGGCUGUGAAGUCCUUGUGGGUAAGAUGAUAAAAAAGCAGAGAACAUUUUUCUAAUUUCCUUGAAUGAAUGGAUUAGUUACAUUGUCUUCCUUUUCACAGGAAAGAAAGUGAGCCAAUUAAAAGAAAAAAAGAAACCAAGAGAAAUGCAAUUUAAAAUUUCUGCUACCAUAUGCACCUAUUUACAUUUCUGGACUGCUUUGUUGAUGAGCAUUUAUAAAUACAAUCCAACUGGAAGACAUGUUGAAUGUAGGAGAGAACAUAGAUUUAGAUAGAUCUGAAUAUAAAUUAUUUCUAAAAAGGAAAGUUCCAUCUGAAAGGGAUAUCAUAAAAUGCUGCUAGAGCAGCA